AUGGACAAGUUGUUUGAGAGAUUUCCGCUUUCUGACAAGAAGAAGCUGUACGAAUUCCAAGAUACUCUCGGUGCGGGCUCCUUCGGUACUGUGCGACGGGCCGUGGUGAAGAAAACAGGCGAGCCCGUGGCGGUCAAGAUUGUUUUGAAGUCCCGGCUCAAGGGCCACCUGGACGUGGUGUUGCGUGAAAUCAAGCUUCUCGAGACCGUCAAGCACGACCACAUUGUGCGGCUUGUUGAUUGGUUCGAGACAAAGCACAAUUUCUACAUUGUGACCCAAUUGGCAACCGGAGGAGAGCUAUUUGAGCGACUGAUCCAGAAAACCUCGUUCACCGAAUUCGACGCCUGUGUGAUCAUUUACCAGCUGCUGUCGGCUAUCGACUACCUCCACUCACGCGGAAUCGUUCAUAGAGAUAUCAAACCCGAAAACGUGCUGUACCUGACCAAAGACGACCAUUCGCCAGUGGUGCUUGCUGAUUUCGGAGUGUCAAAGCAGAUGGAGUCUCCAGACUCGGAAAAACUCACCGGUGUCGCUGGUUCGUACGGAUACAUUGCACCAGAGAUCUACGCCUCGGAAGGCUACGGCGAGCUGUACGGCUUGGGAAAAGGAGGGUACACCAAAUCAUGCGAUAUCUGGUCGUUAGGUAUAGUUACGUUUAUUCUGAUUGGUGGAUACUCGCCUAUCCGAGCCGAGUCGCCAGAAGCGUUCCUUGACGAGGUCAGAAGCAACAACUUUGUUGUUUUCCAUCACAAAUAUUGGCAGCAUAUCUCCAACGAGGCCAAGGACUUCAUUCUUAAGAGUCUGGACAUUGACAACCGUCGAAGACCAACAGCCCAAGAACUUCUCAAUCACCCAUGGAUACAGAUCCAAUUGGCCAAACAGAACCCGGUCAACGAGACAAACAUCAUCGGAAACAUUCGCGAAGGGUUCAACGCCCAGGACAAGCUGCGCAAGGUGUUCAGACAGGUUAUUAUCCAGAACAAACUCAAGAAACUGCGCGAGCUCCGCGAAUUGUCCGACUCGAGCUUUGAGGAAGGUGACGAGGACUUCAUUUUCCACGGCAGAUCGUCCGAUUCGAACCUGAUGGACAACUUCGACAAGCUCAAUUUGAAAAAACCCGUUGACGACCCAGAAAAACUCAAGAGUGAAACUUUGACAGCAACUUUCCAGAACAUCGUGAAAGCGGCCCAGGCCAGCAAAGACGAGAUCCGCAAGUUCCAGGAGGAACAGGGAUGA